AUGGCCGACGACUUCAAGAAAUACCUGGCCACGGAGAUCCUCUCAGAACAACGUACCCUGUCCUACCGCAACGUCUCUCGCGCUCUGAGAGUCCACGUUAACGCUGCCAAGUGCAUGCUGUACGAUUUCUAUGGGUUCCAGAAUGAGAAGAGGCCUGGGUCAGUGUAUGCUACGUAUUUGGUGUCUGGGGUCAAGAAACCCCGUAAGACAGUUGGGGGCACCAACGGCACAACGGAUGGACACAAGCAUGGAGACUAUGAUGAAGAUAAACCUAUUCCCUCCAGUCCCCCUCCCUUCACGAGUUCCAUGCUCGAACCUAGUCAGCAGAGUAGCCAUGCUCCAGAAGAGUCAGAGACGCAGGUGCCUGUGCGCACGAUCACGAUAGUUCGCGAGGAAGAUUUGGAAGCGGUGAAGCAACAAUACGAGACAGUAACUUCAAUGCACAUCUACAGCCUUUCUCCCACGCGCCUCCAAGAUCUGGUCACAUUGACGGAUGUCAGUCGAGGCCUGUUCAGCGAUAGGUUCACAAAAGAAGAUCCGCUUCUUACCAACAAGAUAUAUGGUAUCAUUCAAAAUCCCAAUGUUCGCCGGCGGAAGGGCAAGAAGCCUGUUUUCCCACAGGGACCGUCGCCGAAAUUUCAACCAGUCAAAGACGACCCCAAGCCACCGAAGUCAUCAGCCGUCACAACCGACACCACGGCAACCGCAAAACCAACAGAGUCAUCACGCCCCAGCUCUCGCGGCAGUGCAUCGACCACCGGAUCAGGCCGACAGCCUGCACUGAAGCGUGACGCGUCCGACCUCUUCAAGGCGUUCGCCAAGCAAGGCCAACAAAAGUCUAAACCCAAGCCCACACCUUCGCAAGAUGAAGACACACCAAUGCCCGAUGACGACGAAGGUGUGUCUGAAGACGAGGCGCUCUUUCUGGACACAGGGACACGUAAGGCCGCCACAACAAAGAAACGACCUAGCGACGUAAAGAAAGACCGAGAUGACAAAGCGGCCAAGUUGCGCAAAAUGAUGGAAUCCGACGACGAAGCGGAGCCAGCAGUCUCUAAUGCCAAAAAAGCAGCCGGCGUCAACCAAGAGCCAGUGGCAGCGCAGAAUGGGACCGUUGCCGCUGAGGAUGACGAGGAAAUCGCAUGGUCCGACUCUGACACAGAGAAGCAGCAACAAUCGGCACCGAAACAGAACGCGUCCACUGGAAACGUGGGCGACGAGCUGAUGGCCACCCCCGCUGUGGCUUCGGCCUCGGCUGCAGGACCUAGACGGCGUCGUGGCAGGAGAAAGGUCAUGAAGAAGCGCACGAUGAAAGACGAGGACGGUUACCUGGUGACGAAGGAGGAAGCCGCCUGGGAGAGUUUCAGCGAGGACGAACCGGAGCCGGUACCAAAGAAGGAGGCGCCAAGGAGUAGUUUGGGCAGCGGCAAGACCCAAAGCAACAGUCAAAAGGGAGCUGGAGGGAAGCCGGGCGCGAAGAAGGGAGGGACCAUCAUGAGUUUCUUUGGUAAGAAGAGUUGA